AUGAGGAAGAAAACCAUUGCAAAAAGGGCUCCUCGUGAAAAGGUUUUCAAGCUACCCACAAAGUCUUCCACUCGCUCUCAAGACCGCACCUUUACCCCUUCUCCUUCUCCUCCUACCUCUCCUCCUCGCUAUGACCCCAUGGCUCGGACCAAAAAUACUCCAAGGUUUCCUGCCUCUGCCAAACCGACGCCACCACCAAAGGCCACACCUUCCAAGCCUGGCUCCUCAAAACCGAGUUCAGCAAAGCCUAGCUCCUCCAAAGGCAAACGUCCGGCGACUGAGGAACCCAUUCCCGAACCAACACAACCAAAAUUCAGGUCGGUUCCAAUGCGUUCUCAACGAGGUAACACACGAGUCCCUCUCAAAAAUGUUAAAGAACCAGAAAUUGGACCUUUUGAUCACAAAGCUCACUUUUUGACCUCUCAUUCAAACUAUAAUCCCUAUAGAUUCAAAUCUGCCAUGAAUAAUGAUUUUUAUGAGGGAGUCAUCCAGUAUCGUACCAUAUGCCCUUCAUUUCUCGCUGAUUUGCCAUCUUUGAAAAGAAAAGAUGAUUCUACUGCUCUUUCCACUGAGGGUACUUCCAUCUCCACUGAGAAGAAAUCCACUCUGCUGAAUGUGGUCAGGGAUGUUGCUCAAGAGUUUGUCUCCCAAUCGAAUCACUUGAUUGAAUUGAGCAAAGAGAAAAGGAAGCUGGCUAGCAAGCUUGAGAACUUCCUGAAGAAAUCAAGGGAUAGGGUGGCUGUACUGAUGACUUUCAUUGACAACCUUCAAAAUGAUGAAGACAUUGCCACGGAUAUUGAAGAGGAAGCUGCUUCGGAGGGGAAUGGUUCUGAUGCCUAG